AUGCCAGAAAAUACCAUUCUCUUCCGCGCUAGACUAGUUCAGAAGCACGGGCAGCAAGAAUCCUUAACCUUUACAACAGCCCCUCAGGUUUCAUGGACGUUACACAAACUUUACCCCUUCUUACUAAUUCUGGAUGGAUUUCUGAAUAAUUUGAUGUGGUGCUGCGAGGAUGUUUGCUUGCCUUUUAUAUAUCUGGUACUAAUGAUCCUGGCUGUGAAUCUGAGCACAACUCCUAAUUGGCAGGUAGGCUUUUUAGCAACGGUUAUUAAUACCUGGUUUGGUCUAAUGAGCCUCGCACUGCUAGUUCUGUCGAGCCUAUAUUUUAUCGUUAGCGUACUGCGGGAACUGAGGCAAGACGAACCCCCUACUUUGGAUGAUAUUGUGGUGACCAUGGAAAAUGUGAACUACAAGCUGGAUAAAAUACGACAGGACGUGGCUGCAUUAUUUGGUCUUCAGCGCAGGAAUAUUUCGGCACUAAUACUGGUCUCAACCCCCAUCCACUGGGCAGUUACAAGUUACGUUUAUUCUGCUCAUCGCUACAUCCAGUGUUGGGUGAUCGGACUGUUUGUAUUUCAUUCCAGCUGGUGCCAAACUACAAUGCGAUUGAUAUGGAGAAGCGUAUAUGCCCGGCAGCUGUGGUUCCUGGUUUGUGGGCGCCAAGGUUUUGCGCCCUACUCGGCAUCAAGCGCAAUAGGGGAAGGUCGUCAAUACAAAAUAAUAAAGGAAGCUGUGUCAAUCCCUGUGUCAAGAGAUGUGGCGCGGCUGCCAGAUUCCCAACUCGGCGUUCAGUUGAGGCUCCAUAUCAAAAACAGCGGAGUCGAUGAAUCCAUCGAUCCAAAUUUAAAAAGUUCUGAAAGUACUGAAAGUGCCGUCACUGUCAUGAUUACCGGCUACGAAAUUGACGAAAACCAACGCAAGUGGCCGCUGGACGGUUGGACUCACAACCUCUUGCCCUACGAAAGAACGAAAUUUACACUCACAGCGGGCCCGUGCUGGCAGGAAUGGGUGUCGCCAUGGGAAUUCCAGGAAUCUUUAGAAAAGAGCUGGUUUUGGCUAGAUGAUGGUUGGACGCCCCAUGAGUGGAAAUAUUGCGAUGCUAACUGGGUAGGUGUAGGAUCUGACGACUCUCUUGCCUGUUACACAAGAAGCAAGUGCUGGACAAGACGAGCUUUCCGCAUAUUAAAAAAGGUUAAUUAG